AUGGGCCGCCUUGCCUGCCCGGAUGACUCAGCUGGAAGCAGUUGUUCCGCUGCCGAUGCACCUGACAUGGAGUUGCGUUUUCAAGAGCCGACGGCGGUGCGCAUGCGCUUCUUCAACUUCAACAUGGCGAACAUUGCGGCCUUGGACCCGUUCGUGGGCAUGUUUGCCCAGUUUCUAGAGCAGCCCUUCAGUGAUGGUGCCCCGGUGGACUUGGCCUUUGUCGCCCUCACGGAGGCUCGCUUUAAGAUGCGGGGCUUCGUGGAAGACCAGCUGGAGGCUUGGAAGCGGCGGCCUGCCGCCUCUGGCUUGGACACCUUGGUGCACCGUGACGCUUUGCGGAAGAAAGCCACCUCGAGCUACAAUCCGUUUUCCUGGUGCAGGAAGAAGCUCGUCCAGCACGUCGUUGGCAAUGUCAAGACUGUCCUGGGCUUUCGGAAGGAGCUCUUCGAACCGGAGUUAGACGCGCGCCUCGAUGGCGCCUUCACCCUGAAUCCCGAGAAGGCCUUCCUGGGUUCGAGCAUCGUCCGCCGGGGCGAUGGGCUGAGGCUUUGCUUCUUCGGCACCCACUUUCCCAUGCGCCGGCUGCAGCUGGUGCUCACAAGCAGCUUGGAGGCUUCAGAAAAGCUGAUGGCCGCCAAGAUCGAGUACGCCCGCGUUCUGCGCGAAGUCCUCUACAAAGCGGUGGCCUGGGACUUGACCAAGCCCGACACGGUGCUCUUCAUCCAGGGCGACCUGAACAGCCGAACUGUCUUUGACGACCAUGGCAAGGGCAGUCAGGCCAAGGACGUUCUUCUCGAGGUGCUGAACGAUCCCGGCCUCAUGGCGGCGAUUUCCAGCGACCUGCGGCUGCCGCACGGGCGCUGGCACGAGGUCGUCCCCUUCAAUAGCGUUUACGAGAUGCCCGUCACCUACAAGGUGGAUCCAAAGAUGUGCAUCGCGAAGAAGGUCACUGUAGGUGACAUCCUCGCUCGCGUGCACGAUCCUGCCCAGCCUGCGCCAGACUCGCGUGACCCGACGCGGAAGAUGAACAGUGUGCACAGGCGCGAGUUUGGCAACGAGUGGGGCCUGAAGAAGGAUCCGUCCAAGGUGAAGCCGACCCACUUCCCCGCCUUCACCGAGAGGGUCAUCUACUGGGCGCCGGAUUCGCUGGCCUGCCAGAUGUCCUUCGUGAUCCCAGAUGGCGGCUAUGAAACGGUCGGCCACAUCGAUGGGAGUGAUGCCCGGUUUUUCGAGCGGAUUGAGGAGUUUUUGUUUGGUCUGCGAGAUGAGAAGCACCGGCGUUGA